GACGGAGGAGGAAGGGGAAUCCAGUUACACCGAACAGCAGCCAAACUUGUAACUGAUCUACCAACGUCGGACUGAAGAAAAAAAACUCUUAAUAAUUUAAGUUUGCGCCUGGUACACGGUUACAGAGCUACAGGAAGAAAAGAGGAAAAAAGGAAAGUCGAGGAGUUUUACGGCGAUACUCCACUAAACAAGGCGGCUUUGCAGGGUGGGAAACAUGUUGUGAAGCGACUUCCCCGGGCUGUGUCUUUGCAAGGAUGAAGACUUGAGCCGCGGUUGUUCACAUUAACUUGUCAACUCUCUGGCGGACCGCUGCCGUGUCUCACCGGAGCGAAGAAGAAGAAGAAAACAGAAGAAGAAGAAGAAGAAGACUUGACAAUGGACUCCUUCAGCACCAAGAGCUUGGCCCUCCAGGCGCAGAAGAAGCUGAUGAGCAAGAUGGCCACCAAGAGCAUGGCCAACCUGUUCAUAGACGACACCAGCAGCGAAGUGCUGGACGAGCUCUACCGCGUCACUAAAGAGUACACACGCAACCGCAAAGAGUCCCAGAAGAUCAUCAAGAACCUGAUCAAGAUGGUGGUGAAGCUGGGAGUGCUUUACAGGAACAACCAGUUCAACAGCGAGGAGCUGAUCCUGGUGGAGAACUUCAGGAAGAAAGUUCACACUCUGGCCAUGACGGCGGUCAGUUUCCACCAGAUCGAGUUCACCUUCGACCGUCGCGUCAUGAGCACCAUUUUGAACGACUGCCGCGAACUCCUGCAUCAGGCCAUCAAGCGCCACCUGACGGCCAAGAGCCACUCACGGGUCAACCACGUCUUCAAUCACUUCGCCGACUGCGACUUCCUGGCUGCUUUGUACGGGCCCUCCGAGGUGUAUCGAGCCCACCUGCAGAAGAUCUGCAACGGGGUCAAUAAGAUGCUUGAUGAUGGGAACCUCUGA